UCAUCCCGUUGGUGUCCGUUAAAGCGGAGAAGUUGGCUCUCUUGUCCUGUCUGGUGUCUUGGGCCAUGAUCAGAUUAGCACUAUGUCUUAUCGCUUGGUGCUUCAAGUGUCUUUGCUAAGUUUUCGUUGAUGUCCCAGUCGCCUGUUUAUUGUCGAACGCAAGUUAAUUUUUGAAUCAAGUCCCUUUGGUUGUAAGCAAAAGUGUCCCGAUCUUUAUAUAGCACAUCUGUGAGCAAAAAAAUGAAUUGUGUUGGGUUACUCAACUAAGUUAAAAAAAAAAAAAACAGCCGCCGCAGCUAGCAAACUGUGUACUUCUGUGACUGUAGCAUAGUAGUCACCGCAACGCAUUAGCAUCAUUGCUAACACACACUACUUUGGCAGACUUACAAGGACGAGUCGGGUCAAUUGUAACAUUCCGCGAUAGUAAAUGAUAUCGUUGGCUCGACAUGUCUGCACUUUGUGUCAGAGGUCCAUUUUAUUCAUGCUAACAGACUUUUCUCUGACCAAGCGGCUAGCUAGCACAACAAAAUGGCUUUUCGGUUCAUUUGGACAGGUGCAUCUUGGGGGAAAAGUAACCGAGUUGCGUUCACAAACAGUUUAUCAUGUCAGUCCAUCUACGAAUCGUAAAAUCGUGCAGCAGUUAGUAAUAACACAUAAUUGUGUAUAUUGGCUUGUAUUGGGGAUUUUAAAUGCACAAUCAAUUGAAAUGAAAAUGAAAUCGUCAGUAAAAUUGGUUGUAAUAUCGGUGAAUACAUUUGUAUUUGAUUGACACGACAUAAUGUCAUAUUAUUUUAUUCAAUUGGGAAAAAAUACUCCAGAAUUAGAGGUACCUGCUUUUUGUUAGACAAAAGACUAAAUUGUGUUCAAGAAAAACACAGAGGUGUACGGCAUGAAAACAAUCAGCGUGCAACACAUUUCUCAAUCGUCGGUGGUCUUGAACGCACACCAGGAUCACCAGCAUCCAGCACAGCCUAGAGUCCAGACAUUGGCAAUGGGCGGUGUUUGAUAGAAAACGGACUGGACCAAGCAACACCAGCAUUCAUCCCAUAUUCCCGUCGACUUUGUGCUUCCUGCCAUAAUGGAUAUCUUGACGUUUUUCUCGCCUAUAUCUUUCGUGUUUAUUUGCGGAGGAAUAUUAGUGCGCUUCUCUGUUCUCGGCCUGCUUCAGUAAGCAGCAUCUGAGCGUUUAGAUGCCUUGGCCAAGAUGAGCAUCAAGGCCUUUGAGCUCAUCCCAGCUGUGGAGCGGGACCUCCUCAUGGGUGAUAAGGCUCGCAUCAAAAUUGAAUGUAUAGAAUGUUGUGGAAAGCACUUAUAUGUGGGAACCAACGACUGUUUCAUCCACCACUUUCUGCUGGAAGAGGUCACUUCUGCCAAAGGGAAGCUGACUUACUCGGCUCAGAAACUGCUACACAAAUACCUGGGCCUAAAGAAGCCAGUGGCUGAGCUGCGGGGCGCCUCUGCUUUGGAGCGCCUGAUUGUGCUUUGCGAUGGCAUCGUGUUCCUUGUGGACAUGGUGACACUGGAAACUGUGCCGUCGGCAGCAGGAGGUGGAGCCAAGAUCAGAGGUGUGACGGCCUUUUGCAUUAAUGAGAACCCGGUGAACGGUGAUCCAUUCUGUGUGGAAAUGGGCGUCCUUUCCUUGAAGCGUAGGACGGUUCAGAUUUACAUGGUUUAUGAGGACAGAGUGCAGCUGCUCAAAGAGGUGACCACGCCGGAGCAGCCUUGUGCUGUCUGUCUCGAUGGUUACUUCCUGUGUCUGGCGUUGGCCACGCAAUACAUGAUCUUGAACUAUAAGACAGGAGCUGCCCAAGAUCUUUUCCCUUACAACAGCGAGGAGAGGAGACCCAUUGUAAAGAGGAUUGGCAGGGAGGAGUUCCUCUUGGCAGCGCCAGGUGGUCUGGGAAUGUUUGCCAAUGCAGAAGGGGCUUCUCAACGUGCUCCUGUCAGCUGGUCCGAGAGCAUCAUUGGCACAGCUGUGUGCUUCCCAUAUGUGGUGGCCUUAGAUGAGAGCUUCAUCACCAUCCACAGCAUGUUGGACCAACAGUUAAAACAGACGCUUUCAUUCAGGGAUGGACACAUUCUACAAGACUUUGAAGGGAAGGUGAUUCUGGCGUCCACUAAAGCUGUGUACGUUCUGGUGCCCUUGCCACUCGAGAGACAAAUUCAGGACUUGCUGGCCAGCCACAGAGUGGAGGAGGCACUCAUCCUUACAGAGGGAGCACAAAGAAAUAUUCCCAAAGAAAAAUUCCUGAUCUUGCACAAAAGGAUUCUGCAGCAGGCAGGCUUCAUACAGUUUAGCCAACUACAAUUCAUAGAAGCAAAAGAACAUUUCAGGAAAGGUCAGCUGGAUGUGCGGGAGCUGAUUUCUCUGUACCCACUGCUACUGCCAGCUUCUUCUUCAUUCACACGUUGCCACCCUCCUCUCCAUGAGUUUGCAGAUCUCAAUCACCUGGCACAGGGAGACCUGGAAAAAGUGUUGCAAUGCAAGACAUUUCUGAUGAGUUAUUUGGCAGAGGUCAGAAGCACAGAGGUAGCUAAUGGUUGUAAGGAGGACGUGGACACCGCUCUAUUGAAACUGUAUGCUGAACAAGAUCAUGAGAGUCUUCUAGACCUGAUAGCAUCAGACAAUGCGUGCUUGUUAGCAGACUGUGUCCCGUGGUUGGAAAAAUAUCACAAAUAUUUUGCACUUGGGCUUCUCUACCAUUCUAAUGGUCAGGAUUCAGCAGCUCUUCAGAUGUGGAUUCGUGUAGCUGAUGGGGAUCUAAAGGAUUCUACAAGACCUGAUCUCUUUGAGUACAUUGUGGACUUUCUUUGUUCCACUUCCAAUCUGGACCUAGUAUGGAAGUACGCAAAUUGGGCUCUACAACAGGAUCCCACUACAGCUGUCCACAUCUUUUCCAAGAGGUCUGUUGAGGCACCCCAGUCUGACCUGAAGCCUGAUGAUGUCAUCACAUACUUGGGAAAGCACAGGGACGCUCUUCUUCUGUACCUGGAACACCUGGUGCUUGAAAGACGGAUACAGAAGGAGAAAUAUCACACACAUCUGGCAGUCUUAUACACGGACAGAGUCUUAUCUUUGCUGUCCGAGCCUACAUCCAAUGAAGAGCAGCUGAGCGGACCCAGAGAGCAACUCCAGGCUCUACUCAGGGAGUCAAACCUGUACAGAGCUCAGUAUCUUUUAGGUAAGAUAGAAAACUUUGAGCAACUGCUGCUAGAACGUGCAUUGCUACAUGGAAAACUGGAGGAGCAUAAUGAAGCACUCCACAUUUUGGUGCACAAGCUGAGAGACUUCUCAUCUGCGGAGGCCUAUUGUAUUUGGGCUUCUUCUUGGCAAGAUUCAGCUUACCGACAGCAGCUAUUUCACCUUCUCCUGAGAAUGUAUCUUGGAAAAAAUGCAGUCAAAAAAUCCCAAACAGCAACGUGUGAAGACAAUGGAGAUCUAGAAAUGGCAGCGGUGGACCUCCUGAAUCGUCACGGAGAGUUGUUUGAUGCGGUUCAUGUACUGAGAACUCUGCCAGAUAACUGGUCGUUACAACUGCUGCGGCCCUUUCUGGGUCGAGCCAUCAGGGCUAAUAUGCAUGCCUCCCGCACGUCCCAGAUCGCCCUUGGGCUCGCCCACUCUGAACACCUUCAACUACUGCAUGACAAGCUCAAAGAGACAAAGAAGCCAAUCACUGUGUCAGCAAAGAAGGGCUGCCACUUAUGCCACAACACCUUCAGUGAGCCCGACGUAGUGUGUCUGCCUGGCGGUGUGCCUGUCCACACUCACUGCGUCGCCCAGAGAGUAAGAGACUCCCCCACAAAGAAACAGUUAACUAACAGCAACAAAGAUACGUGAGACUCGGACCAUCACGUGAAAAUGUGAUUGUUUGUUUUGAGGCACCAAAACAAAGCGGAAUUUACUUGCUUUGGGUAUGGCUGAUGUCUGUGAGGACAAGGGCAAAGCAGAGGGGAAUCCAUUUCUGUGUUCAGGUCGGUAAGAGUCUACAACAGUCAAAAAGAAAGUGGGGGUUAUGAGAUGAGAAAAAUGACACGUUGUACAAGUUGUGUUUAUGUGAUGCAGUUAAACCACACAUUCAGAAUUAUGUCCAGGUGAAAGUGAAUGAGCCGUCCUUUUAAUAUUGGAAUUAAAAAAAAAACAAAACAGGACAGACACCUCCGUACUGCUCUUUCUGUCUUCAAACCUAAACUGAAAUAUGUACAAAUUUUCUUCUUUAUUAUACCUUAUUUUUACUUUGAGGGAAAAAAAACAUCUGUACUAUUUUGCUUACAUUCAGCGGUGAAAGAGCUGUUUCAUUUGGUAAUGGCUGCCCACAUCUUACAUUCAACUUGACCUUCCUCCACUUCUUAUUAAUUGAGGAUUCUGUUUAUUUAAUGUGAUGCCAUACAUAUAAAUAAAUUGUGAAUUUACUUACAGCAAUUAACAAAAAAAGCACACUUUGAUUGUUCCUUUCAAUUUGAAUUAUUCUACACUGAUGCUAUGUUCUUUGUGAGCCAGAAGAUGGCAGCAAAUGAUUGAAAAGUUAAGUCAACAUGACCUUUUAGUUUAUAGAAUGCUUUUAGCAUGACCUAAUUAUGUCAAUUUUGGAUGAUUUAUAACAACAUACAUUAUUUAUUUCACACUUUGUGGCACCGCGCAGAUAAAAAGGGACAGUGGAAAUGCAUUAUUGCAUUACUAAGGGCGUACUGUAUAACUAAUUAAGGGAAUGGCUAAGAAGUAACAAGAUGUAAUGACAAAAAUAAAUGGAUGUCAAUUAUGAAGCGUUAUGAGAUUAAUGUUUGGGACUUCUACAGCAGAUUAUUUUGGAUUAGUAACAAAUUAAGAACAAAUCCACUUGGACCCUUAAGGAGCAAAUUAAUUUCCAUCAGAACAGCUCUCCCAAAAGAAUCAGAUGAAUCAAAGACAAAAGCAUUUUUGCAUUCUCUCCAUUGUGAAAAUGGAAACUGGAUGUUCCAUGACCACAACACACGUUCAAGUGUUUUCUGCCACUGUCUGUUAAUAAAAUGUUGUAAUUCCUCUUAAGAUUACAAGGUCAUCGAACAGCAAUCAUUCCUCUUCAACAAGGAUUCAUACUGUAUUAGUAGUUGUGUCCUCUGUAAUCUCCAUGUCAGUGCAACACAAUUCUUUAGGGAAUUUCUGCACGGAACUAGUUUUCCAAAUGUAGGUCUUACUCUCUUUUCAAGGCACAAAAUCCCAAACUAUCAAAAUCCAUUUCAUUGCUGCAUCUGUUAAUUGGAAUUCUAAAAAAGACAUGCUGUUGUAUAAUCUGUUCUGUUAUCUACAGUAUAUACUACAUUUUAUACAUGUCUGUUGCUUUAUUGAAAUCACAAAUGCAGUGGAGUGUACAAACUGCAAAUCCAUCCUAUUUAAUAAAUAUCUGAAAUUGAACAUCCACUCUUAAAACUCUCACUUUAUUGUGCUGCAAAGUAUGAAGAAAUGUUUUUACAAGGCUCAUACUGCAGAGUGUAUUUUUCUCAUUUGUACAUGUCACUGCAGGGCCACACUGUUAAUGUCAUCUUCACCUGUGGUGCAGGACAUUGCGCAAUAUGACCCAUGAGGACAUGUCAUCUUUGUGUCUCUCUUUGAAAACAGAAUAGAAACUUUUCAAUCCCCU